GGGGCGCGCGGCCCAUCGCCCCUCGCCCCGCGAUGCAGCAGUACAUGACGCAGGAGCAGUACGCUGCGGCCCUGCAGCAGCAGCAGCUGCAGCAGCAGCUGCAGCAGCAGCAGGCGCAGCAGCAGGCGCAGCAGCAGGCGCAGUACGCGCAGUACUACGCGCAGCAGCAGGCGCCUCAGCACUACGUGCAGCAGGCGCCGCCCGCCCAGGCCCUGACCGUCACCCUGCCUGCCGACGCCUUCCCGGGGAAGACAUACCAGGUGCAGGCCCCGGACGGGCGCCUCGUCAGCUUUCAGGUGCCCGCCGGGUGCGGGCCUGGCAGCGCGGUGCAGGUGAGCUACUGAGGGGCGCGCGCGCGCGUGGGGCUGGUCCUGUGGACGGCUCCCUCCUUGCUGAAGGAGGAGGCCGAGCUGGAAGAAGGAGGAGGAGGAGGAGGAGGAGACGCACGAAUCUGCGCUUCAAUAGCACUUUGCUGCCUGGCUGCGCGCCUAAUGGUCUUGCUCGCCCAGCUGGAGGCCUGUCUCCAGUCGGGGGAGCGCGAGGCGCUGUAAUGUUCUUUCUCUUCCGAUCCGUCGCAGGGGCCGUGGGCGGCCUUGGCGCGAGCUGUCGAAUCAUGGACAACGAACGCUCUUCGUCCUCCCUCCUGCCCCAUGCCGCCCCUUCCCUUCCUUUGCUC